AUGGGAUUCCUCAAAGUUGGAACGCCAUUAACUUGGGAGGAAGUGCAGAAAGUAAAAUCCCUAAUCAGGCUGUAUGGCAUCCUACAGUUUGUCCAUACAUACAAAUGCAACAAAGACCGAGUGGACGAGAACAUCAUGUUCGGGGACGAAAUAGAAUACAUCGUUAUUCGCAAUGAUGAAACUUUAAAAGAGUCUUCUGCUCUCUUAUGUGCAACAGAUUUGAUCGACGAAAUGAUGAACUUGGAAAGUGUCACCGAGUGUCAGUAUGGAUCCCAUUGGACUCCAGAAUAUUCCUCCUUCACCAUUGAGGGGACUCCUUCCGUACCGUUUAAAUUUGAUAUAAAUUCAUCCCCCUUUGUUGAAGAUUGCAUGCGGAUACGGAGAAUAAAACUGAACAACGUUCUCAGUGCCAUUACGGGAGUGCGGGCCAUCACUUUGCCGUGCUUCCCGAACGCGCUCCUAGAGAAUAGCCUCCUUAUGGCAAAGAGGAAGGGUGACAGGGGGAAGGGCAUCGUUGCAGGGGGAGACACCUUGGAGACGCCAGCGGAAGGGGUGCAUCGAAGGCAAGCGGAAAGGGGACAUAGUGAAAUGGUCACGCAGAGCGGGAUGAUCACACCGAGCGAAAUGGUCACGCAGAGCGGGAUGACCACACCGAGCGAAAUGGUCACACAGAGCGGGAUGGUCACACCGAGCGGGAUGGUCACGCAGAGCGACAUGCUCAGAGAGGUCACCACGCUCAACGACAGCACGCAGACGUACGCGGACGAGGGCAAGUCCACCCAGUUUGUAAGCUCGGAUGCGAUUGCCCCGAAGAAUGGCGACUCGCUAAUGCAGGAGAUGUGCGCGGAGGAAGUGAGCGGCGCGGAGCAGGCGAAUCGGGCGGAUCAGGCGGACCAAGCGGACCAGUCGAAUGAGUCCAACCGGAUCAAUCAGCGCAACCAGGUCACCCCCUCAACCCCGGCAAGCCAACCCAUCUUCAUCAGCGCGGCCAGGGAAGAAAACCUCCCCUUCGAAUGCGACCUGUUCAAACCUGAGGAGACGAAGAACUACAGCAACAGCUGCCUCGUCACCGACAUGGUGAUCAGCCCGCACGCCAGGUACGUCACCCUGACCAAGAACAUAAGAAAGCGUAGGGGGACCAAAAUAAUUUCAUUCAACGAGAUAUAUAGGGACGAGAACACAGAGAAGCUGCCCCGGUGGGAACAUUCUCUGGACAAAACGGACCGGAGGCUUUACAGGAAGGUGAAGAAGAAGUACGUCCUGGACGAGCACCUCAUUUGGAACAAGUCCCUGACGAAUAGGAAGAGGGUGGAAGGGAAGUCGCCAGAGGGGGUAAACGAGCCAGACGCGUCGUCAUCAGAAGGGGUAAACACUUCGGACGCCGCCCCCGUUCACGGCAACCUCAUCGACGAAGUGAUAAAGAACAGCCUGUUCAGCGACCUGGACGACGAGAAGGACCACAUCUACGUGUUCGACCGGAAGUUCAUCGAGGAGUACUCGGAGAAGUGCAAGAACCCAAUUAAGAACUAUGUGUACCUAGACGCCAUGUUCUUCGGAAUGAGCAUGUGUUGCCAGCAAGUGACCAUGUCCUUUCCAACCAUAGAUGACGCCAAGUACCUGUAUGACCAGCUAGCUGUUAUCGCCCCUUUGUUCUUAGCCCUAACGGCAUCAACGCCCUAUUUGGGAGGAUUCCUCACAGAGACGGACACUCGGUGGAGAGUCAUAUCGAAUACGGUCGACUGUAGGACAGAGGAGGAGCUCGCCUACAUUGCAAAGCCUAGGUAUUCCGGCAUAUCCUUGUACAUCUCAAAUGAGUUGCCCCUGAGGAAGAACUACCAUUUGUAUAACGACAUAGAUGUGGUGCUGGAUAAAAAUGUCUAUGAUAAAUUGGUGAAGGAAAAUGUGGACGAUUUUUUGGCUAGACAUGUUGCUUCUCUCUUCGUUAGGGACCCCAUUGUGGUCUUUCAGGGGUCGUACAGCGAAAGGGAUAUACAGUCAAUUGAGGGGAGGAUGCGCGGGUUGGGUGGCGAAACGGAGGUAGAGUCUUCCCCGGGAGGGGGUUCCCCCCACAGAGGAGUUCCCCCCCCCAGAGGGGAUUAUUCCCAUUUGGCCGCCUUUGGGAAGAACCCCCUCAACGGGGUCUACCUGAGCGAGGAUUUCCACUUUUUGGAGGACUACGAAGAGACGGUGCUGUCCUCCCACCAGCAUUUUGAGAACUUCCAAAGCACCAACUGGAACAGCGUGCGGUUUAAGCCGCCACCCAUCUUGGGCAACCACGGCAACGGGCCCAGUUCCAUCGGGUGGAGAGUAGAAUUCCGCACCCCCGAUAUUCAAAUCACCGAUUUUGAAAACGCAUCAGUGGUUACCCUCAUCAUGGUAUUGUCUAAAUUUAUCCUAAAGGAGAAGCUGAAUCUGUACAUUCCCAUGUCCCUAUUGGAGGAGAAUCUCUACCGCUCGGCUAACAGAGAUGCCAUCUUCAAAGAGAAAUUUUAUUUCAGGAGAGAUCUAUCCUACGACACGGAAGAUAACCAAGUGGAGGAGAAGACCCUAUAUGAUAUUUUUUUUAACGACCACAAUGGGAUAUUCUUCCUUUGCUCCAAGUAUAUUGAGGAGCAGUUCCGCGAGGGGCUACUCUCCCAUGCAGCCAAGAACAAGAUAGACGAAUACAUAGAGUUUGUGAAGCAGAGAUGUGCGGGGAAGAUCUGCACAGGUGCUGCCUACUUGAGAAACUUUAUUAUGAACCACCCAGCGUACCAAAGGGACUCCUACAUCAACAGCAGGAUUAACUACGACAUCUGCAAGCUGAUAGCGGACAUAGGGAAGGGGCUUAUCAUCCCGCAGGAGCUGCUGGGCGUCUUUGUGGACCCUUACAAGGAGAGAAUCAAAAGUGAUUUGCGCCAAAUUAACGAAAGUCAGUAUGUCAAGAGCCUGGCGUACAAGUUCAUCUCGGGGGAGGACUACACGCAGUACCUGCUGCUCAGCGAGGCCAUCAAGGACGACCAGGACUACUACACGGGCACGCGCCGCACCAACUACGAGGACUCCAUGGACAACAACACGCUGGAGUUCGGGCGGAAGCUCUACCAGCUGAGCGCCUAA